AUGGAGACCGUGCGCAUGCUCGACCAAGGCCAAUUCGCAAAGUCGAAAUGGGGUGAUACCCGUACUCCGAUGGAGUCUUGGUCGACAUGCCGGACAGAGAAGACAAGCAGCGUGAGGUCAUGCUGGAAUCCUCAUGAUCAGGGCACGGUGUCUAUCGCCUCAUUGGUUCGAGAGAUCCCUGCAACCAUCAAUCGCAACAGAGCCUUUGCGACGGGCAAUAGCAAGAAGAGUAUAUCAGAGUCCUCCGAAAAGUCUUUCUAUGUGUUGAAGAGCACAGCACUAGAUGAAUCCGAUCUCCAGGUGCCCGAGUAUGGGUAUUACGAGGACACCCCGCCUUCGUACAACGAAGCUGUGACCGAUCUCCCCCCGGACUACUCUACUCUAGCUCCGUUCGCUCGUCGGAAAGACCUGGCCGAUGACUCGGCACCAGCGCAACCCGCAUCGAGUUUGGAUAAGAAGAAAGCCACGUCUCGAACGAUCGACUUUGACAAGAUUCAGGGUAUCCGAGAACACGCAAAGAAGAAGAAAAAAAACACCUCACAGCCACAACGCAAGAAAAGCCCACCGCCGGAUGAGAGCGGGGACAAGCAAGAUCAGGGAGGUGGUGACGACCAGAACGGUGAUAAUAAUGGCAACGACGGGGGCGGUGAUGCUGGCGACGGAGGCAAUGGAGGGGACGACAACGGAGGUGGCGGAGGUGGCGACGGCGGCGACGGCGGCGACGGUGGAGAUGGUGGAGAUGGCGGGAACAACGAAGAGGACAAUGAUUGGGACGCGUGGGCCACUACAACCACAAAGAGCAAGAAGAAGAAGAAGAAACAGGAGGAAGAAGAGCGACUGAAGAAAGAGGAGGAGGAAAAGGCGGCCAAGGAAGAAGAGGAACGACUAGACAAGGAAAAGGAGAGACUGGCUAAGGAAGAGGAGGAGAAAAGGGCAAAAGAGGAAGAGGAGAAGAAAGCUGCCGAAGAAGCUGCAGCCAGCAAUAACCUCAGCUGGGCGGACGAUGCCGAUGGCGCGAACGAUGACAGCUGGGCCGGGUUUACCACUGCAAGCAGCAAGAAGAAGAAAAAGAAAGGCAAGGGCGCCGAGGCUGUCCCCGAUGUGCCUCCCCCGCCCCCAACGAAUGGAUUUCAGGAGGUGAGUCUGGGUGAUAAUGUGCCACAGCUAGACUUAGGUCUGCCUCCCCCAACCGGAGACGUUGAUUUCAGCUUCGGUGGUUGGGACAAGGGUUGGGGCACAGGCAACAAAUGGGGUCUGGACACUUUAAAUGGCGCCAACGGCGCGACACCCGAUAAAGGCAAAGUUGACAACAACCCUUGGUCAUUUGCUGCGAAGACUACAAGCGUGGGAUUCGGAUUUGGAGCCAUCGACGAACCUGUUAGCACCGACAAUGCCAGCGGCGGCGAAAAAGAGACCAAGCCCGAGGAUGACAUAUGGGGUGGUUUUACCGUGAGCAAGAAGGACAAGAAGAAAAAGAAGAAAGAUGUGGAGGAAGACCUUCCCACGGAACCUGAACCGGAACCGGUUCAGGAACCUGAGCCCACGCCAGAACCAGAGCCGCAGGCGCAGCCAGAGAAACUUCCAGAGAUAGCCGACGACGACUGGGGCUGGGGAGCACAACUUUCGAAGAAGGACAAGAAGAAGAAAAAGAAAGACGCCCUGCUUGAAGAAACGCUACCUGCGGAGCCUCCUGCACCUGAGCCACCGGCAGCGGCUGACACUUCUCCCCCUGAAGACGACUGGAAUGCUUGGACAUCUACCUCCAAGAAGAAGGAUAAGAAGGCCAAGAAAAAUGCCCUUUUCGAAGAGCCCCUCGUGGAGGAGGUAGUUGUCGAGGAACCAGCGCCAGAGCCGCCGGCUGAGCCCGAACCUAAGCCUGUCGAGGAAAAGAAAGAAGAAGAGGAUGACUGGGGUGCCUGGGGCUUGUCCAAGAAGGACAAGAAAAAGAAGAAGGGCAAGGCUGCCGAACCCGAACCCGAACCAGAGCCUGAGCCUGAGCCUGAACCAGCGCCAGCGCUGGCACCUGAACCUGAGCUUGAGCAAGAACCAGUGCCUGAGCCUGAACCUGAACCUGAGCCUGAACCUGAGCCAGUACUAGAACCCGAACCCGAAACUGAGCCCGCGCCUCCAGCCAUACCGGAUAAUCCUCUCUACAAUAAUUGGGAAAAUUUGAAUUCCAAGGAUCGGAAGAAAAGAGAGAAGCAGUUAGUCAGGAAAGGACUUCCAAUUCCUGGCAAAGAUUUCGAAUGGCCUCCUCCUCGGCCCGCUGAGCCUGAGCCCGGGCUGGAACCAGAGCCCGAGCCAGUGCAAGAACCCGAACCUGAGCCCGUACCUGAGCCCGUACCUGAGCGUGUAGAGCCAGAGCCUGAACCUGAGGCCGAGCCAGUUCCCGAGCCAGAACCAGAACCAGUCCCCGAGCCCGAGCCCGAGCCCGAGCCAGUUGUUGAGCCUGAACCCGAGCCUGAGCCUGAACCAGAACCCCCAGUCAUCCCAGACAACCCUCUAUACGACAACUGGGAAAAUCUGAACUCCAAGGAACGGAAAAAGAGAGAGAAGUUGUUAGUCAAGAAAGGGCUUCCAAUUCCUGGCAAGGAUUUUGAAUGGCCACCACCUCCAGCUGCUAAGCAUGAGGAACCUGUCCCAGAGCCAGAAACGGUUCCUGAGCCUGCCCCUGAGCCUGUUCAUGAGCCCGAGCCAGAACCUGAACCUGAACCUGUUGUGGAACCCGAGCCCGAGCCGCUACCCGAACCAGUACCAGAGAUCAUCGCUGAACCUGCUCCUGCACCUAUACAAGCCGAACCUGUCUAUGAGGAAGCGAGCUGGGGUAUCUGGAGUACUGGGAAAGACAAGAAAAAAAAGAAAGGCAGCAAGAUUGCAGUGGAACCACCUCCCCCCGCACCGACUCCACCUUCUCUGGGAUUCACGCAUGAGCCAGAAGGAUAUGUGCCUACAGAGCACGUGCCCGAGGAGCCUCUCUGGGACGAGUAUGAUGCCAAGCCUCCAAAGAGUACUAGCAAGGGGUUUGGGGUUGAGGAGACACCAAAGGCUUCAAUGGGGUUCUGGGCCACUCUCGGAGCAGCAACGAUGGGUAAGCCCAAGGCGAUGAAAAAGAAGUCAGCCGAGAAAGCCAAACCCAUAGAGAUUAUGCAGGAGCCGGAGCUGGAGCCUGAACCGGAGAGCAAGCCUGCUGACGACGACUUACUAAUCGACAUUGGCGAUGCACCCCAGAUGCCAGAAGCGCCCGAAGCGCCCGAAGCGCCAAUGCCACCAGUUGUCGAGGAACAAGCCGCCCCGCCAACAAAGACUCCUGUUGUCACCUCAAAGACCAAGUCAUCAGCCAAGCUGUCCGUCGCUGAGCGCAUCAAGUCUCUUGAGCAAGUAAGGAAGGAUAAAUUGAAGGAGAAAGCGGGGAAGUCUAAGGCGAAGGAAAUCGUGCUGCCUUCACCAGAGGAAGUUGUUGAGCUUCCCCAGGAAGUGCCCAUUGUUGAUAUUGAGCCUGAACCAUAUCGACCGAGAAAGUCUUCGCGUGACUUGGUCCCUGGAAGUUUUCCUGACGCGUUUGACGACGAGUACGACGAUAUUCCCCCACCUCCUGUUCCGGAACCUCCCGCUCAGGAGCUUGAGCCUGAGCCUGAGCCUGAGCCCGCCCCAGAGCCCAUUCCUGAACCUGUACAGCUGGAACCGGAACCAGUACCAGAACCAGUGGUAUUGUCAAAGAAGGCCAAGAAGAAAGAGAAGAAAAAGGCAAAGGUGAUCGAACUAGAGCCUGAGCCAGUUCCUGUUCCUGAACCCAUUCCGGAGCCAGUCGCAGAGCCUGAACCUGAACCUGAACCCGCCCCAGCCCCAGUACCGGAGCCCGAGCCCGAGCCCGAGCCUGUUCCGGUGCCCGUCUCAAAAAUUGAGAAGAAGAAAAAGAAGAAGGCCAUUAAGCCGGAGCCCGAGCCUGUCCUUGCUCCAGUCGUGGAAGACGUCCCUGCCCCUGUUCUAGAAGAGCCCGAACCAGAGGCUGAGAUCCAACAAGAAGGCGAAAUUAUACCGGAACUCGAUGAGGCGCCUGCUCCAGAAGUUGAGAAGCCAAAGAAGAAGAGUAAGAAGGUAUCCAGUCUAGAACAGGCUGCAUUUCUAGCGGAUCCUCCACCGGUUGAUGUAGGUCACGGUGGACCUCCAACGCCCCCUCCGGAGCCUAUCGAAAGCCAACCUGACAAGAUGCCCAGGAAGGAGCGCACCCGUGUGGAGCGCACCCCUGGUGCUGCUUCGUGGGGAUUCUGGGCUGGCGCCCCAUCUAAGAAAACGCCCCAGAAAGAGUCUAGACAUCGGGGAGAGCAUUCACCGCCACUGAUGGUGCGAACGAGGUCGACUAGACACCCUCAAUCCCGGGAAGGUGAGAAUGAGGUCGAAAAGUCAUCUACUUCUGACCGGGAUCGACGCAGAGAAGCCCGACAUAGCCGAGGUAUGACAUUCUCCCACUUUAUCCUGGGGAUGCCCCCUCCGUCUCGGAAGAAGUCCACGAAGAAGUCUGGAGCCCAAGCUUCAAGGCCGAUAUCAAGACGCCCCUCCGUAGAGAUGAACGAUGAUGUGAACGAUACUAAAUUACCCACGCCACCACCAGACAACCACCGAGACAUGCCGGAUAAAGCUGCCAGAAUGAUGGGUGCAAACGGUUCAUCAAAACGAGAGAGGCCUCAUGCAUCUCGCAGGCGAUCAGCUGCGCCUGAUCCGUAUGCUAUCGACGAGGAUGAUAUCGUCAUGGUGGACAGAGAUGAUCUCGAUGCUUCUGCUGCCAGAGAGGGUGGUUCAAGAGGAUCGCGGCAUUCCGACAGGCGGUCCCGCCACAAGUCGAGGUCCCGACAUGACGAGUUGGAUGACAGGGCCAUGCUUGACGAGCUACAGCAAGAGGGGCCAGUAGUAUUAUCUGGGCCUGAUGAUAUUGCAUUUGUGGAGCCUCCACGGGAACGACGGCUCAGGCGGUCAAAUACGGCUCCGAGAAAGCCAGAGCCCGGUCCGGGCGGUCUCAAGGGGCUGAUCGGAUCUUUACGGAGAUCGGCCCGCCCUGAGAUGCCAGAGCGUCACAAGUCUCGCUCUUACGGGGAUGAAGAUUCUAGGUAUAUGACCGAACCAGAACGCGGCGAGUCUCGUCGCGUGAGACACGAGAGCAGACGAAGACGACAUGAUAUGCCGGAUGUGGACGGUGAGGGCUUCCUUACAGAUGCUCCGCCGGCAGAAGCGUUCCCCGAAACGGACGCAGAAGAGGCGGAAGCAAGGAGGGCGGCACGUAGAGCCCGACGGGCUGCGCGACAAGCUGCGUCCGAUCAGCUUCGUGAGAGUGACUGGCGGGAGGCCGAAGAGAGGCGCGCUCGGCGCAGAGAAAGAGAAAUGGCACGGGAACGCGAGAUGCAGGAGCGUCAGCUGCGUGAGGAGGAGGAAAGGGAGGCCGAACGACGACGGGAGGAACGAAGGGCUCGCCGAGCUGCCCGUGAGGAGCGGGAGCGGCGUGCCAGAGAAGAGGAAGAGGCCCGUGAGGCCGCUGAAGCUAGGGCUGCGCCGCGCCGCGAGCGCAGGAGGCAGCGAGAGGCAGAAAUGUAUGACCCCAUCCAGGAGUCUGGCAGGUCCAAGCGCCGUUCCAUGCACGUCGACGAUCGAGCUGCUCGAGACUUCUAUUUCGGUGGCACGAUGGAAGCCGAUCGAGCUGCCCCUCCCCCACCUCACCAUUAUCAUCACCCGAAGCGAUCUGCCGACGGCGAACGGUCCAGACGUCGGAAGUCCAGGGCGCCUCCUCUCGAUGCAGAGAGAUUCCGACCCAUGAUGUCCGGAGGUCGCAAGGAUAAGACUUCGUCCUGGAUCGACUCGCAGGCGGACGAUCCGCCGGAGCCCCCGCCGGUGAUGACCACGGUGCUAGAUAUGCCCGGGGGUCCCGAAGGAGCUGCAAACGGCGGCUCGAUCUCGUCGGACGAAGAGGCGCGCCGUGAACUGCGCCGCCGGGCUCGUCGGCGAGCCAGAUACCCCGGGCUGACGGAUCAGGAGAUCGACGAGCUCCGCGCCAGGAAGCGCGAGGUGCGACGCUCCGAGCGGAGUUCCGGGAGUGGAGACUACGAGCGUGCGCGGGGGAUGCGGUCGCCGUAUGAAGGUCGCUAUGAAGACCGCUACGCGGCGCCCCCGGUCAGUAAUGGGAGAAUGCCCAAUUGGUUCCGCAAGUUGACCAAUCUGGGAUGA